GUAAUUUUCAGCUGAAGUAUAAAACAAAAUAUAAAUAACCAACAGAAAUGUUAUCUCUCGUGUAACGCAUUAGGUAUUGGCUAUAAGGAGACAUAUGGCCUUCUACACCUCGAAAACCUCUUUGCAUCCUAUGAAUUGAACCCCUGUCACUGCUAAACCAUAGGAACCAAACUUCUAUUGAAGCUAAGAUCCUUACAAUCGGUAUAUAUUUAUUACACCAUGUCUACAGAUAAGCAUACCAAUAUAGGGGGUGACUCCUCUCUGUUUGGCUGUGAUAACCCCGCCGUCUCCGGCUCUCCCUCUAGGAAACCAAAGUUGUCUACCGAGAAUAGACACUCUCUUUCCAGGAUAGCUAGUGUCGCUAGUAUCCAUAGUAAUGUCACAGGAAAUGGCUUUGACGCAGAAUCCAUAUGCUCUGCACAUUCUGGUUCGAGUCGUUCUAUCUUGAGGUUUAACUCUGUCAGUUCCAACCACUUUACCCAGAGGAUCACCCUGGUUAUUGACGCAGUGAAGGACGAAAACAUAAUCACGCAUAACCAGGAAACCGGACCGAUUAUGAUUCCGGACUCUGGUAUGAAUAUCAUUCAGACACAGCUUUCGAGACAAGCUACUAAUGUCUCGAGAGAUGCAAGAUCCGGGAUCCACGUUAAGACACAAGAUUGGACCUCUGACCCCGAAAAAAUAGUUGACAACAAUGGAAAAGAAUAUACUAAUGAAAGCGAUGGUGACGAACAUGAUCCCUCUGGUGGGGCUCCCGAUGGAGGCUACUCCUGGGUGAUUGCUGUCUGCUGUUGUUUCCUCAGUGUUUCCACCUGGGGUGCAAGUUCCUGCUACGGUGUAUUUUUGAACUUCUUUCUCUCAUCGGACUAUUUUGCAGGGGCAACUGAUUUUGACUUUGCUAUUAUUGGUGGGCUUGCUGUCGGAAUUUCUCAGGUAUUUUCGCCGUUUGUGUUUAUCUUUGUCUCGUACUUGGGCUUAAAACCUACAAUGAUUAUUGGUUUAGCAAUCCAAACUCUGGGAUACCUCUUGGCCGGCUUUGCCAGGUAUAAGUGGCAGCUUUACAUGACCCAAGGUCUCAUGAUUGGGGUUUCAUUCUCGUUGGUUUUCACGUCUGGCAUUGCCAUUUUGCCUAAUUGGUUUUACAAGAAACGUGCCCUUGCUUCGGGUAUCACAGUCAGUGGGUCUGGCUUAGGUGGCAUCGUUUUCUCUUUAUCAUGCAACAGUUUGAUGCAAAAAACCGGAAGCCAUCAGUGGCCAUAUAUCAUGGUAGCGAUCACUACCUGCACGAUGUGCAGUAUCUGUAUCAUAUUGAUUCAAGAGCACCCGAAGACGUCCCCCAAGUACAAAUCUAUCGCACCUCGCCCAAGUCUCUGGGUAGUCAUGAAGACGGUUCUCAAUCCACACAUCGUGUUAAAUCUAGAGGUUAACUAUGUUGCCAUUUGGUUUGCUUGCUGGAACGCCGCCUUUAUUACCGUGCUCUUCUCUAUGUCAGCCUACGCUUCUUCAGUCGGUUUAACCCAUGGGCAGGGCUCAGUCAUCACGGCGAUUUUGAAUGCAGGCCAGUUUGUGGGCCGCCCAAUGUUGGGACACUUUUCAGAUAAGUGUGGUAGGAUCAAUUUUAGUAUUGUUAUAUCUCUAGUUGUGGUAGUAUUGCUCUUUGCCUAUUGGAUCAAUGCAACCACAUACGGAAGCAUCAUUGGAUUUGCCUUGUUAUGUGGUUUGACAUUGGGGAUUGGUGCCGUGAACAAUCAACCUUUGGUCUUAGAGGCCUCGGGGAUAGAGUUAUUCCCGGCGGCCUUUAGCUACUUGAACAUUGUAGUUUCUGGACCCCUGACAUUUGCAGAAGUCAUUGCCUUGAAAUUGAGGAAACCAGAUGCCCUGAGACCGUUCUUAUAUUGCCAGAUUUUGUCUGGUUGUUACUUUUCGUUUGGAGUAUUAUUUUUGUUCUUGUUUCGUGAGAGAAAAAUUUCUAGGGUGGUUGAGCAGCGAAAGGAAGCACUCGAGAAAAUAAUGUGUACAUAUUAUAUCUCGGAUCUCAGCUCCCAGAGUGAAGACUCAAAGGAAUUGACGCAGGCGGAGGCUGAUUUGAACGAGAAGAGAUUACGCACAUAUGAGUACUUAUUGAGUGGAGGAAUGAAGGGUUAUUUUGCCAGAAUGCUCUACCCCAUUAAGGCGUGAAUGACGCAUGUCACUUGAACAAAGUUAUACAGGGUAAUAAACUUUGUCUAUACUACUGUAGUAGUGCGGUAUAUAGAGAAUUAUUAUA